CCUAACCAACUAACCAACGCCGCCGCCGCGGGCACCGCCCACCUGCGGCGGCGGCGGCGGCGGCGAUGGCGAUGGCGACGAGUCGCGCACGCAGCGAAUCGGGCGUUGUCACGCGUGCGCGCGGUGGCUGCCGGAAUCUGUCUGUUGUCAGCGUGGUCACCGAACCUGAACCUGGCAGUACGCAUGCUCGGCUGCUCGCUCGCACGCGCGUGCAGUCACCGGCGCAAUCUACCAUUGCAGAGGAGUAGGAGGAGGGCUAGGGCUAGGAGUUGGCCUCUACUAGCUGCUGCAUUCGGGCUACGAAAGCAACCAAAAUAAUGGAGGGAAUCAUCAAGAUCGAUGUCGAUCGAAUUAAUUAAGGAGAAUUGUAUGUGUGUAGGGGUUAGGGAAAGCCCUCACUACUCUGAACUCUGAAGAAACAAUCUAUGCAUAGUACUGUACCUUGACGAACUCUUUCUUUGCAAGUCAAGUUAGAGCCAUCACCUAUAGCAAGGUAGGUGAAAUGAUUGACCUUAUGGGCGCCUCUCCAAAAAUCGUAAACAAAGUCCCAUCAGAGACUCAGAUACAUGGUAGAGGCUGACGAUCGAUCCAAACAAGAAAUUCCACGGCCGGUGAGUGAAAAAGAUAAGGAUAACUACAGUGCGCAGACCCUGCAUGCCAUGGUGCAAAAGCUUAUAGAAUUCAGAUGCCAUAAAUACUACUAUCCCUGGAGCUAAAGGUUGGUGGGUCGAGGAGACCAUCUUGUCACCAAGAAAGCUCUCAGAACUCUCCAUCUCUAGGCCAGCUUAGGGCUGGACCAGCUAGCAGCCAUUGGUAGCCUGUAUCAGUUCAUAAGGGGAGGAGGUGAAGGCAAGGAGGCAGCUAGCCAAGAAGAAGAGCAGACACCAAAACUCAGGAAGGUGAAUAUAUUCUUGAAAAGAUCCGAUGGAAGCAAGAAGGCCUACCCCUACCAGGAGAAGCAGAUCUGCUGAGUUCCACAAUUUUUCAGAAAGGAGGAGAAGGGAUAGGAUCAAUGAGAAGCUGAAGGCGCUGCAAGAGCUACUUCCAAAUUGCACCAAGACCGACAAAGUUUCGAUGCUGGAUGAAGCGAUCGACUACCUGAAAUCACUCCAACUACAACUCCAGAUGCUGGUCAUGGGGAAGGGAAUGGCACCGGUUGUUCCUCCUGAGCUGCAACAAUACAUGCACUAUAUCACAGCUGAUCCUUCUCAAAUUCCUCCCAUACGCCCCUCCGAGCCGCGGCCAUUUCAGAUAACCCACGCCACCCAACAGAGACAGUCUAACGUCGAGUCGGAUUUCUUGAGCCAGAUGCAGAAUUUGCACCCUUCAGAGCCACCUCAAAAUUUCCUCAGACCACCAAAAUUGCAGUUGUACACGCCGGAGCAGCAGAGAAGAGGUCUAGCUAGUAGCAGUGGCCACAACAGCGGUUGGAUCACGGAGAGGAAUUCAUCGUACAACUUCUUGGAGUGAUGACCACCUGACGAGUUACUAAGAGAUCCAGAAGCAGAUGCAGUCUAGACUCUACUACUCUAGACUGCAUAACCUUCAUUCAGUUCAUGGUGUUCCUGGAGAUGAAACAAGUUGCUCAAUGGAGUGAUGAAUCUACUGCAUGCAGUUAACUAGUUAAUUUUGUACGUCAAUAAAUAGUGGUGAUCCUGAUCUUGCUUCCUCGUCAUGUUCUGUGCAUACAAGACCUAAAGCGUUUUUGUGAUCUCUGUACUGUAUAUUAGCAGACAGUCUACUUCCUGCUGCUGAUGCUUAUGUGCUCUGACAAGCAAAUCAACAUGGCUAAUUUAAUCAAGUACUCCAGAGAAUUGCAGCAAUGGAUAUUUCCUAGCUAAAUAUGUACUUGUGGUAUGAACGGAUUGUAAUGACAAAACUGGCAUUGAUUA